UUCCUGACUGAAAUCUACAGUUCCCUAGGUACAGUACGUUCAGAGCAGGAAUCUAUUCCCAUGGAGGGCUUUCCUUGGAGCUCAGCAAGCAUGCGAGUUUCCGCGAGGCUCCUGCUUCUCGUUUGCGCCGUCUGGUCAUUCGUUUGCCCGAAUUCCGCAGCACGUACUAGUACCUGGUCGUUGGGUUCCGAGCUAGCACCGGCAAUGGUCCAAGAAUGGCUAGGGACCGAUGAUGCCGCGGGCCGCCAGCAAGGGACAAAGCUUAUCCGCGGGGAGAAGAUUCUUCCAGUCGCAGGGACCGAAUUCUGGUCCCCGGGUCGAGUUCGCGUUGACGGUAUCGAGCGUGAUUCUAUUGAAACUGGCGACUUGAGCUUAACAAGCAGGAGGGAUGGGGAGGAGCACGCGGCAGUUGCGAGAGGACUCGUUGCGCGGAGCACCUGGGGAACACUCAGCACCAUUUCUCGGCACCUCCACGGCUCGCCUUUUGGGAACGUGGUUUCCUUUACAGACGGCAUCCCUGGUAACUAUUCAGGGACGCCGUACUUCUACCUCACACCGCUGGACCCCUCGGCUGCUGACGUGGCAGCCGAUCCUCACGCCUCGUUGGCCAUCAGCGCCAUGCCUCUCGGCGCAUGCGGUGACUCGGACCCCGAGAGCCCACUCUGUGCCAAGCUGACACUGUCAGGAGAGCUGCGUCAAGUGCUGGACGCCCAAGAGCUCUCAUUCGCCGAGCAUGCUCUCUUUACCCGUCACCCCGAAAUGACAAUCUGGCCCAAGGACCACCAUUUUCGGGUGUUCAAGCUUGUCCUUGCUAGUGUUUUCUUCAUUAAUGGCUUUGGUGGGCCCAGGCACAUCACUGUAGAACAAUACUACAGUGCAUCUCCUGUGAAUUUGUCCAGAAGCUUCCUCCACGAGGCUUGAUUGGGCAACUGUAGUCCUCAUCGCCUGUACAUUUGUAUGCAGUGAUUUUACUGGCAUGUUUCUGCGUUCUGGUCUAUUCUGAUGAAUA